CUAGUCAGCAGCAGCACAGCAACGGCAUCAGUGUGCUGGAUUCUGUUGGGUUGUGUUCUAACAUUCGUUUUUGGGAAUACUUAAAGUUUUCCUUUAAGGAGAUAUGAAACGAGUUGUACGACAGAGCAAAUUCCGUCAUGUCUUUGGCCAGGCGGUGAAGAACGAUCAAUGCUACGAUGAUAUUCGUGUUUCAAGGGUCACAUGGGACAGUUCGUUUUGUGCAGUCAAUCCCAAGUUUGUUGCCAUAAUCAUUGAGGCCAGUGGUGGUGGUGCUUUUUUUGUUCUGCCUCUUCACAAGACGGGACGCAUUGACAAAUCCUACCCCACAGUGUGUGGUCACACAGGCCCAGUGUUGGACAUUGACUGGUGCCCCCACAAUGAUCAUGUUGUUGCCAGUGGCUCUGAGGACUGCACAGUGAUGGUAUGGCAGAUUCCUGAGAAUGGCCUUGUCAUGGCCAUGUCCAAGCCAGUGGUUGUACUGGAAGGCCACUCCAAGCGUGUGGGCAUCAUUACAUGGCAUCCAACAGCACACAAUGUCCUCCUAAGUGCAGGUUGUGACAACCAGAUCAUUAUCUGGAACGUGGGCACAGGUGAGUCCAUGAUCACUUUGGACGACAUGCACCAAGAUGUCAUUUACAACGUGUCCUGGAACCGCAACGGCAGCCUUAUCUGCACCUCCUGCAAGGACAAGGCCAUCCGUGUCAUCGACCCCCGGCGGGAGGAGAUUAUUGCUGAGAAGGAAAAGGCACAUGAGGGCGCCCGACCCAUGCGAGCCAUUUUUCUGUCUGAUGGCAACAUCCUCACCACAGGUUUUAGCCGCAUGAGUGAGAGACAGUUAGCUCUCUGGAACACGCAAAACAUGGAGGAGCCAAUCGCUGUCAAUGAGAUGGACAGCAGCAACGGCGUGCUGCUGCCAUUCUAUGAUCCAGACACCAAUGUGGUUUACCUCUGUGGGAAAGGUGACAGCAGCAUUCGUUACUUUGAAAUCACAGAUGAGCAACCUUAUGUCCACUUCCUCAACACCUUUGUGACCAAGGAGCCACAGAGAGGCAUGGGCUACAUGCCCAAGAGGGGCCUUGAUGUCAAUAAGUGUGAAAUUGCAAGGUUUUACAAACUGCAUGAAAGGAAGUGUGAGCCCAUUGUGAUGACCGUGCCGAGGAAGUCGGAUCUGUUCCAGGAUGACUUGUACCCAGAUACAGCUGGACCUGAAGCUGCCCUGGAGGCAGAGGAGUGGUUUGAGGGUAAGAAUGGCGACCCCAUACCCAUCUCUCUGAAGAACGGCUAUGUUCCAGUCAAGAACCGUGAGUUCAAGGUGGUCAAAAAGAACAUACUGGACAGCAAGAUGACCAAGAACACAGAAAACUCAAGCCCUGCCAUCAAGUCUGCCACCCCCACUCCUUCAAUUCAAUCAGAGGGAAAGCUGGAGGAGAUCUUGAAAGAGAUAAAAUCCCUCAAAGACCUGGUCAGCAGUCAGGAGAAGCGAAUCAUCCAACUUGAAGAGCAAAUGUCCAAAAUUGCCAUAUAAAAACCGGUCCCCUCCUACAGUAUGUCACAAAAGUGAGUACACCCCUCACAUUUCUGCAGAGAU